AUGAUAGAAGAUCAUGUUUGCAAACUUUUAACUCUUGGGGAAGCAGUGAAGACAAAAGUUGUGAGCAGAGAAGUGGGGAGGAAAGAGUAGACUGUAGAGUUGAGGAAAUAUCAGCUUGCCAUUCUCAAAUCCUCUCUCUGAUGCCCAUUCUUAUCUUCCUUUCUCCUACCUCUUGGUUUCUCUCCAGGCACCUCCAAGGCAGUGAUGGCUCUCCUGAAGACCCUUUCAUCGCUUCUGCUCUUGCUGCUGACCCUGCUGGGGCUGGGGCUGGUGCAGCCCUCCUAUGGCCAGCCCAUGUACAAACGAUUCCUGCGGCAACAUGUGGAUCCUACAGUGACAGGUGGCGACGUUAAAUACUGUAACUUGAUGAUGCAAAGACGGAGGAUGACUCAGUUUCGUUGCAAGCAAUUCAACACCUUCAUCCAUGAAGACAUCUGGAACAUUCGUAGCAUCUGCAGCACCACCAACAUCCAGUGCAAGAAUGGCAAGAUGAACUGCCAUGAGGGUGUAGUGAGUGUUACAGACUGCAGAGAUACAGGAAGUUCCCCAGCCCCCAACUGCAGAUAUGGGGCCAGGGCCAGCACUAGGCGUGUUGUCAUUGCCUGUGAGGGUAACCCCCCAGUGCCUGUGCACUUUGACAGCUAGAUGCUACCCUGUAGGGGUUAUGGCCCGUGGUUGGCCUUUAACUUACUCCUUGAAUAGCAAUGAGUAAUGGCAUUUGAGCUGUCUCAGGGUCUGUCUUCUCUGGUAUG